AUGGGGCAUCUCCUAAACACAACGGAGAAUCAACCGGAAGCGAAGUUAUCGAUGCCCAUUCCUUCUGUACACGAGAAAACAACAACACCGAACAGCAACCAGGCUUCGAAGCUUGAUCCCAGGAAUGCAAAUGCUCAGGCUGAGGAGCAUGCACGCUCAGUAAAGAUGCUCCCCGCAGAAGAGAAGAAGCAGCGUCGAUUGAAAUGCGUUGGUUGGCGCGGUACAAGCCAUUGUACCCCACAUGGGCCCCGUGAUCCAACGAGCGACAAGGGAUGCUAUGAUGUAGUUAUAAACUCAGCGUCUGGGUACUGCGAAGUGGAGGACCAGGAUACAGACUUCUGGCACCCGGGUCACACGAUCUUCAAUAUUCAUGGUCAAUCGCUACUAUGGGAAAUACUGGGUACGGCAUUUGUGAACUCCUUUGAGCAAGAAAGCGGUCAGCUGCUUAUUGACAGACGACGGCACACAGCACCCCUGGAACUCGUCAAGUUUUACACCGUAAAAAGUCCCAACCCGUUUACGCGUCUCAAACUUGCGUAUGGUGAUAAGGACUUAUUUCGCUUUGCGUGGAUGAAACUCAACAUGCCGUUCACUAUGAUACAGUCGCCUCUAGCUGUGGCAGGCAAGGUCAUCAACGGGUCGUUUUGUGGUAUGACAAUGGUGCAACACGACAUGAAGGGCGAGGUGCUGUUCUUGCAUCGCAACUCAAACAAACUUUCAGGGGAAGUGAAGCGCAAGAAAGUUUAUCAUCGAGCACAAGCUAUCAACAAUGUUCGCGAAAAGCUGCUGAGGCAAGGCAUCUGUGAGCAGCCGCAGUAA